CAGAAAGCAAUACGCGCCCAUGUUUUCAACGACUACAUAGUCUACUAGGGAGGAAAGCUUGUUUGUUUAUUUCAAUAUUUCUCCCCCGCCGCCCCUUUCUGAAGGAAUCCGGGAGAUUAUUACAGAAUGUCAGGCCGGAAAGAAACAGUUUUAGACCUGGCAAAGUUUGUGGACAAGGGUGUCCAAGUGAAGCUAACUGGUGGUAGACAAGUGACAGGAAUUUUGAAAGGAUAUGACCAGCUGUUAAACCUUGUACUGGAUGGAGCUACAGAAUUUCUAAGAGAUCCAGAUGAUCCACUGAAAACAACUGAUCAAACCCGGACUCUUGGCCUAAUAGUUUGUAGGGGCACUGCAGUGAUGCUUGUAUCCCCAACUGAUGGUACUGAAGAGAUUGCAAAUCCCUUUACCCAGCCAGAUGGUGUGUAGGGCUCAUCUUCCAUUCAUGCACCAAAUUUGCAGCUAACUAGGCUAUAGGUAUGCUUUAUUUAGUCCCUUCAUGUUGGUUUUGGGUGUUACUCGUUCAUGAUGGAGUUUGGUAAGGCCUUGGAUUUUGUCUAUUGUUGAUACGACUCAAUCACCUCUGAAUGUAACGGUAGUAGCAUUUAGUGUAUGUUCAAUAACACUGAAAAUAAUGGUGUUGUCACCUCUAUGAUAUUGCUUAGGAUGGUAUGACCAUUUCUUCUCUUAAAUGGAAUAUAAAUUCAGUAUUUUCAAAGAA